AUGCCCGGCCCCCUCCCCUCCUUCCCCUCCUUCCCCACCCAGCCAAUCCCCUCCGUACCCACCCCCUUUGCCUCCACUUCCUUCAGCACAACCAGCAUGACCCACGGCCUAACCAUCAACACCACCAGCAUGCUCGAUCCUGCCGCUGCGGCCGCCUUGCACCACUCUUACGGCUAUCCUGGAAAUCACACCGUGUCUCCCACGGCUUUGCAUGGUGCAUGGGCGGCUCACAUGCCUGAUAUGAGAGGACCUACUUACGAUCUCAGGCGAGGAAGUGUCCAAAUCGAUCCAGCUUUGCAAGACGCAAGAGACCUCGGACCAGGAUCUUCUUCCGCUGCUUCUUCCGCUUUCACUUCCCUUUACCACACUGGAAGGGACGAGGACAGUCCAAUUUAUGAUGAUGACGAGAGUCUGCUUUACAUCUCGAAUAUCCAUGAUCGCUCCUUUCAGAGUGAGCGGAACGCGGAGACGACUGAUAGAGAUAUCAUCCCAGAGGAACGCGCGCACGAGCAUGAUUCUGAAGGGAGUGAUUUCGAAUUUGGACGUCGAGGCUCAAGCUCCUCCACCCGGGGACGUGGUCGUGGAAGGGGUCGAGGUCGAGGCCGCCCUCCUGGUUCCCUCACAAGAUUUAGAGGUGGUCCAGGGAGCAGAGGUGGAAGGGGAAGCAGAGGUGGCGGCGGAAGGGGCUCAAGGGGUGGGCGUUUGGAGCCCAAGAGUCAGGGUGGUAAAGGCGGCUGGACCAGAAAUCCGGUAGCUUGUACGAAUUGCCAGCGACGACAUGUCCGAUGCGAAGGCGAUCCACCCUGCCGACGUUGCGAAGCCAGAAGGAUUACUUGCGUGAUCGCUGACCAGGAAGGGGACAGACCCCUCACCACCAGUGUACCGUUACACAAUUCUGGACGACCCGCGUCUUCUCCCUCCCCCAAUCGCCCUUUGCCUGCCAGCGAAAACAGUACGCAACAGCAAGAUACGGCGCCUCCCAAGAGGAAGAGGGGAAGGCCCCCCAAGAAACGGGACGAUGACGUUUGA